CGACCAUCCCCUCUGCCCCUUGGAUGGACUGCACCCCCCUGAUCUCAAACUUCACUUCGUGAUGGAGGGCCCCCCAGGAUCGUAUCCCUUUGGGGUUCAUCCCGCCGAUGAGAACCCACUCCCCAUUAAAGCCGAGAAUUCGGCCCUGCGAGGCCUCACCGAGUGGCCCUGGGAACCCGUGAGCCCCUCGGCCGUGCCCCCCGUCGCCUUUCGCCCGUAUUCGCUGCCUCAGUAUAUGGACCGACCCGGUCCCUAUGCCUACCAAUCGUCGUCGUCGUCGUCCUCACGCGAGGUCUCGGGCCUGGCGGCCAAAGUGGCCAUUCCGCGCACCACCAGCGCCAGCAGCCAGUCCCAGCGCCGCCGCUCCGCGCGCGCCUGUGAACCCUGCCGACAGCGGAAGAUCAAGUGUGAUGGGAACAAACCGAUCUGUCGGCAGUGCAUCGACCACAAUGUGAGCUGUUUCUUUGUCGAUGUCAAACGAGUCCGCGAUCAGAAACAGCUGGGCUUUCUGGGGAAAAAGGUCGAGCGCUACGAGCAGCUGCUCCAGGACCUGGAGAAGGAGGUGGACGACCCUGCGGCGAGACGCAUCCGGAGAGCGCUCGGACAGGCCUCGGAUCCGGCAUCGCUCACCGACGAUGAUGGCGAUUCCGACUCGACCACCUCGUCCAUCGGGUCGUUGGAUGCGCUCGACCUGGUCGAGGAAGACCUGAAUCGCAGCGAAAAGUCCGUGGCGACCGGAUUCUUUGGCAAAAUCUCCGAGGUGGCGUGGAUGCAGAGGCUCGAAGACGAGGCCGAACAGCGCAGUCGGAAGAAAGAGGAGUCGGUCGAUGUCGAUGGGAGCCAACCGCCGCCGCAUCCCUCGCAGCGGCAGGAAACCGCGAUUGCGACGAUGAGUUACUACCUGGACGAUCUCAGUAUCCCGUUGAUGGACGCGGUGGAUCCCUACGCCCUGCCCCCGAAGGAGUUGGCGAAUCGCUUCUUCACGGCCUACAUGGAGUCGGUCCAUCCCUCCUUCAACGUCGUUCGCAAGACGGCCUUCAUAUCGCAGUACCGGCAGUUCUUCAGUCAGCCCAUCAAGCCGCCCCAACGGUGGCUGGCCAUCCUGAACAUGAUCUUCGCCAUUGGCUGUCGGUACUGUCGCGCCAUCGCCGGCAAGGCGGACGGCGACUACGACGACCUGGUCUAUCUGAACCGGGCGCGGAAGCUGACGAUGGGCGAAUCCGUCGUCUUUGAACACGCCGAUCUGCAGCAAAUCCAGGUCGAGUUUCUGGUGGCGCUCUAUUUUGUCAGCGUGUGUCAGAUCAACAGGGCCUUCAAGUUCUCCAGUAUGGCCUUCCGCUCCGCCGUGUCCCUGGGCAUCAAUCUGCGCUUCGUCGAUGAUCGGACGCAGUACCCCGCCAAGGAAGCGCGCAGUCGGCUGUGGUGGUCCAUCUUCUUGCUGGAGCAUCUCCUCACGGCGAUCACCGGUCGCGUCUCGUGCGUGUGCGAAAGUCUCAGCGCCACCCCCCUCCCCAUCCCGUACGAGGAGGAGUCCUUCGGCCGACCGGAAGUCCUCCCGCUCCUCCAAGACUCGUCCCUCCGGACGACUCGGCUUAAGCUGACGCUCCUGCAGACGGACGAGGAAGCGCGCGCCAGCGCCUCGUGGCUGGCCUCGUGCGAGCCGAGCCCGUCCCUGUUCUUCUACUGUACAGUGGAUCUCGCCGCCAUCACGCAGGCGAUCAUCAACAAGGUCUACAGCAUUCAAGGGCUCCGCGACCGGGCCAGCCAGGUGGAGCAGCGGAUCCGGAAAUACUGCAGCAUCCUGGACAUCUGGGUCACCAAGGUGCCCGACGCCUUCCGCUUCACCUCCGACGGCGGCCAUCAGUUGGACCUGCCGGACGACAAGCACACCCCGUGGAUCCGAGAACGCACCUCCCUCGCCGUUAGCUACUAUAGCGCCCGGAUCACGCUGUGUCGCCCGUGUCUCGGACAUACCGGUCUGCAGCCCGGCUCGAUGUCCCUCGACUCCACCGCCCCUUCGUCCGUCCGUCGCGUCGUGCGGCGCACUUCGCACAAUCGCACGCAUUUCAGCUCCGACAUGGCUCUCAUCUGCAUCCGCUCCGCCCAUUCCCUCCUGUCCAUCCUUCCCGAAACGCCGGAUAUUGUCUGGCUCACGGCCGUGACUCCCUGGUGGUGCAUCCUUCAUUACAUCAUGCAAGCCACCACGGCCAUCCUGCUGCACCUGUCCAGCUGGUCCCCCAACAUCGGGUCCAGCGAUGAUGAUGACGCCGCGCGGCGCGUCUUCUCGGACAUGCUCAUCAUGACCCGGGUGAUCAAGAAGGCCCUCCACUGGCUGCACCACAUGGCGCUCACGUAUGCGGCGUCCCGGCGCGCCUUCCGCCAGUGCAACAGCGUGGUGCGGCGGAUCGCCCCGAGCCUGGGCAUCGAUACCAGUGAUCUCCCGGAUGAGAGGGACCUGCCCCAGGAUGGAGACGAGUCCGACCUGCAAGCUAAUGGCGUUGAAACCCCGAUUGGGGAGCUGAUGGAGUCUGAUCGGA